GCGAUCGGUCAAUCACACACUCUCGAUACCGAUACUACACAGGCUGGUACUUAGUUAAGAGCUUGAGGCGACAAUGGCUUCCGCCUGGCUUAAGCUUUCUGUUGCGCUGACAUGCGCAUUGCUCUUGUCGUCGGCGUGCCAUGGCUUGCAGGUUGGCUACUACAAGAAGACGUGCCCCCGCGUGGAGGCCAUCGUGAGGGACGAGGUGAAGCGCUUCGUCUACAAGAACGCCGGCAUCGGCGCCGGCCUCAUCCGCAUGUUCUUCCACGACUGCUUCGUGCAGGGGUGCGACGCCUCCGUCCUCCUCGACCCCACGCCGGCCAACCCGCAGCCGGAGAAGCUCAGCCCUCCCAACUUCCCCAGCCUCCGCGGCUUCGAGGUCAUCGACACCGCCAAGGACGCCGUCGAGAAGGCCUGCCCCGGCGUCGUCUCAUGCGCCGACAUCGUCGCCUUCGCCGGCCGUGACGCCGCCUACUUCCUCACCAGGAUGACGAUGAAGAUCAACAUGCCGGCGGGCCGCCUCGACGGCCGCGUCUCCAACUCCACGGAGGCCCUGGACAACCUCCCGCCUCCGGUCUUCAACCUCGACCAGCUCAUCGCCAGCUUCGCCGCCAAGGGCCUCACCGCGGAGGACAUGGUCGUGCUCUCUGGCGCCCACACCAUUGGCGUGUCCCAUUGCUCGUCCUUCGUCUCCGACCGCCUGGCCGUCCCCUCUGACAUCAACACUGGCUUUGCCAACGUGCUGAGGAGGCAAUGCCCCGCCAGCCCAAGCCCGGCCAACGACCCCACGGUGAACCAGGACGUGGUGACCCCCAACGCGCUCGACAACCAGUACUACAAGAACGUCCUGGCGCACAAGGUGCUGUUCACGUCGGAUGCCGCCCUUCUUGCCACGCCGGCGACGACCCAGAUGGUUCGCGACAGUGCCAACAUUCCCGGGCAGUGGGAGGCCAAGUUCAACAAGGCCAUGGUCAAGAUGGGAGCCAUUGAAGUGAAGACCGGUUACCAGGGAGAGAUCAGGAGGAACUGCAGGGUCGUCAACCACUGAACCAACGAAUCAUCAUGGCGUCCUAUUUUUGUUUGUGCACUUUAGUUUUUUGCACCGGCGGGGUCACCUACUUGUGAUUGCGAGUGACUUUGGUCGAAUUUCACGCAUAUGUAAUUUGUUUGUUCUUUCAACUCUUCAAAAUUCUUUGGCUGGUUGAUUGGUGCUACAGUUGUUCUUUUUCUUUUUGGGCGAAUCAAACAGAUGUAUAAAUCCAUCA